UUUGCCCACUCUCGCGAGAUCUCCUUCAUUCUAUAAUUUUAGACAUUCUCGUUACAGUUUUAGUUUUAUCGUUUAAAAACCUCUUCUGCGUCCCAAGUGAGAUUAACGGCUGGAAGUUGGGGUACAUAGCGUCACCUGUCGAUUUUAUAGCUGUUUUAUUUUUAAAUUUGUCAUUUUUUAAUCUACUGCGGGACCACUGACAGACCGCGCGCUGACGCAAGCUCAGAUAUGGACAGAGACAGGGAGAAGGUUUCAUUUAAGUGGUUACACAGUGCUGCCGCCACCCCCCCCUCACGACUCCAGAGACAAAGUUCUGCUUCAAAGACUCCGUCUCCAUGGAAGACACAGAAAAAGGAAGAGUCGAGUAUUUUGCGUCAAAGCGACUCUCCUGGAUCUGAAAGCUUCGGAGCGCUGAGUCUGGACACUCCUAAAAGGAAAGCAGAAGUCCUCCACGAAAGUGAAGUGUCUUCAAUCAAGCAGAAGCUCUUCAGGGAUGAUUCCCAAAUACUCACAGCCUCAGAGGAUAUGAAUUCAUCAUCCGAAGAGCUUGAGCCCCCAGAGAUCCAGCAAGUCCCGACAACACCGGGUCAUUCUUUAAUUUUGAAGAAGAAGGAAAGGACACCUGAGGAGGGCUCCAAGGCCAUCUGCAGGAGGGCACUGAUUGCAGCUCUGGGCAACUCCAGAUCUGAGCUCAGCACCAAGAGCGAGACCGAAGCCGAGCCUUCCCCGUCCUCCACUGGAGAGGCUGAAGGGCUCAGAGAGGUGGUGGAUGGAGGCUGCAGAUCUGAUGAGGAGUUUGGAGCUUGUGGCCCCCACGAGGACCAGCACUUCCCCCUCCAAGAGUUUGAGGACAGAGAAACCCAAAGCUCUAACUCAGAGCCAAAGACGGAUAACAAAGACUUUGUGAAUAUUAUCCCUCAAGACAACAUAAAUGACGACGAACAAGGACAAGAUUCUGCUGUUUCUCUGGAGUUUCCUCCUGAUCCCUCAUCUGGUUUCACUGCUGACCUGAAAAGUCCACGAGGUCAGACUUGUGUAGUGAGCCCCCCUAGACAAGACGCUGCCUCCAUCACUGGGACGGCUGAGGAUGAAGGGACUCCUUCCUCUCAGAGGAACAGUUUUUCCAGUCUUUCCGGAGCCGGUUCCCAGAGUUUCCAGGGAUCUUUUGAACCCCUUUGGUUCGAUCCUUUUGCGCUGCCUCUCCAGUCCAAAGUGGGAUCUUCCAGCGCCUCUUUGAGCUUUGCUCUUCGACACCGGCUCAGUGACUGCGGGCCCUCCACGCGCGCCCCUCCUUCUCCCCGAACUCACAGCCUCUCUAUUCCAAGGAGGUUCUCCUUGGGGUCCAAUCGUUUGUGGACCGGCUCCAUUCCAGGCGGACAGGAGACCUUCAUAGACACUCACUGCCAUCUGGACAUGCUGUACGGAAAACUCGGCUUCAGAGGGACUUUCAGCAGCUUCCGGAAAAAGUACCGAAGCAGCUUCGCCCCGGAGUUCCGAGGCUGUAUCGCAGACUUCUGCAACCCAGACAUCAUGGUGAAGGAGGCCCUGUGGGAGCACCUGCUGGCCGAAGACAUGGUUUGGGGGGCGUUUGGGUGCCACCCGCAUUUCGCCCGACGCUACUCCACUUUUCAGGAAAACAGUAUUCUGAUGGCGAUGAGGCAUCCGAAAGCUGUGGCGUUUGGAGAGAUGGGGCUGGACUAUUCCUACAAAAACUCCACUGACGUCUCACAGCAAAAAAAGGUGUUUGAGCGUCAGCUGCGUUUGGCCGUCACCAUGCAGAAACCCAUCCUGAUCCACUGCAGGGACGCCGACACGGACCUGCUGGACAUCAUGAAGAAGUGUGUUCCUCGGGACUACAAGAUCCACAGACACUGCUUCACUAACAGCUUUCCCGUCAUUGAGCCCUUCCUGACCGAGUUCCCCAAUUUAUAUGUGGGCUUUACCGCCCUGAUUACCUACAACGGAGCCAAAGAAGUCAGAAACGCCGUUCGCCAGAUCCCUCUGAACCGCAUCGUCCUGGAGACGGACGCUCCGUAUUUCCUCCCAAGACAGGUCAGGAAGAACGUCUGUCAGUUUUCCCAUCCUGGAAUGGGCAUCCACAUCCUGGAGGAGUUGAGCUGGCUGAAGGGAGAGGACAUGACCACGGUCCUCAGCACUGUGCGAAAAAACACCACCGAGCUUUAUGGCAUAUAAAAUUCCCAGAAUGCACCUGUGUUUUCUUUAUGGCUCAAACUGUGAACGCUGUUGUUUUUUAAAUUCUUUUCCUGCAGGUGGAGGACAGGUUUUAGUCUAGAAUAAACGAGUGAAGUAAAAGUUAAAGACGGAAGUUCUCGGUGAUCAAGAAGAUUUAGUUUAUUUUGUGUUUUAAAUCUCCGUUCCUGUAAAUUGACAGAGGAACUGUUUUGGGUUUGUCCUGGUUGUGUUCAUCUGUUCUAACAUCAAAUCAAACAUUAACUCCGUCAUCGUUUGGUCUGAUUAAGUGAAGGAAUAUUAAAAUCUAUUUUCCAUAAAGA